CUGACGGCAUACUGCGUACUUCGGCAAACUCAGUGAAAUACGGUAUUCACCAGAAAUUUUCCAAGGAUUUUUCUGCAUAUUCCGUUACCAUGAAGGUUUUUAUCCUAAUUGCACUGGUUGCGGUGGCAACGGCUAAACCAGCUGAGAACUCCAUUGAGCGACUUGCCCGCUCUUUGGCUGAAGAUGAGGUUAUGAAGAGGGGCGUCAAAGAGGUCCUUAUUGACGUUGUUAAAGCCAUCUGCGUCCCUGUCAUGGACUCCGUGAUCGGUCUGACCAAUGGUACAUGUGCCGUACUGUCCGCUACUGCCGACAGCACCUGCAUACAGCUUGCUGACCAGUACCUUGGCGGCUUCCUCUCUGGUCUGUUCUCUACCCCUGUUGCAUCCAUGUGCCAAAACUUGGCUGAUCUCGUCAUCAUCGAGUGCAACAAAGGAACCGUGCAAAACUACGCCAGCGGUGUAUGCGCCGCACUUGCCAACAAAAUGGGCUAAAAGAAAAUUUCCUGAGCCAAAAAUAAAUGAAAGAAAGACAAAAAGAAAUAUAUUGAUGAUUUGCACAACUUACACACUUAUUUCAGUGCGUGUUUAUCAUUGUGUGUGUGUGUGUGUGUGUGUG